GCCUUGCUGGUGGUCAAAGUAUGUUCAGUCGUGUUCGUUCCUUCCUCGUGAUGCCGCGGUGGUUUCAGGGUCCGCGUUGCACCAAUCUUGUCCGAUUGGACGGCCAAGUAGCAGUUAUUACGGGAGCAAAUACUGGAAUCGGUAAAGAAACCGCUCGCGAACUUAGUCGAAGAGGUGCUCAAGUCGUCAUAGCUUGCAGGGAUAUACAGAAGGCCGAAGAAGCCGCCAGAGAAAUCUCAUCAGAAACAAAAAAUGCCGUAACAACCGUGAAGCUAGACUUGGCUUCCCUGAAUUCCAUUCGGAUGGCAGCACAAAGCUUGAAAAUACAGCAACCCAAAAUCCAUCUUCUUAUCAACAAUGCGGGAAUUAUGGUAUGCCCUCAAUGGAAAACAGAGGACAACUUCGAAAUGCAACUGGGCGUAAAUCAUUUGGGCCAUUUCUUAUGGACUCUCUUGCUACUCGACAACGUAAAAGAGGCUUCUCCAUCUCGAAUUAUCAAUGUGUCUUCAAUUGCUCAUACAAGAGGACGAAUUGACUUCGAUGACAUCAUGAUGGAGAAAAAUUAUGAACCUACGCGCGCAUAUUGUCGAAGUAAAUUAGCUAACAUUCUUUUCACGAAAGAAUUGGCUAAUCGUCUUCGAGGUACCGGAGUUACUUGCUAUUCACUUCAUCCUGGAGUUGUUCAGACAGAGUUAGGGCGACAUCUGAGAGUGACAACCAAUCGUUUGAUAGAUGACCUGUUUCACUGGUUUGGACGAUACUUUUUUAAAACGGCUGAAAUGGGUGCCCAAACGAGUAUUUACUGCGCGACAGAACCGUCGCUUUGCGACAAGACCGGCCUUUACUACAGUGAUUGUGCUGAAAUGAGACCAGCAAGACAAGCCGAAAACAAAGAGUCUGCACGUCGUCUGUGGGAAAUCAGCGAGCAAUUAGUGAACUUCAGUUACACCUCAGUUUAAUUUGUCUCACCACACCAUAAAAUAGUCUGCACGUCGUCUGCAGGAAAUCAGCGAGCAGUUAGUGAAUUUCAGUUACACCUACAGAUUAAUUUUUCUCAUCACACUGUAUGACGUUUAAAUAGGUAAAUCGAACUAUCGUAAGCCUGCAAUUCAUUCUCCGAAUUUUGAUUGAGGUCCUAUAACAACAUUAAGAGCGUAUCAAAUGGGACGCCAAUAGGAAGGUUAUGCUUAGAUUAGGGGCAAGAAUCAGGCGUUAGAUGCAUGCAUAAAAUCAUCAGAGAACAAAGAAAUUAAGAAACAUAAGUUUAAAAGCAAAAUUUAAUUUCGAACUUUAAAAAAUUUGGGUUUUCGAUUUCCUUUAAUUAAUCUGAGAACGUUACUCUUUUUUUUCCACAAAAAUUGUAAAGAAGUUGAUUUUUAAAGACUAAAAAAUGUGUUUUACCUGAAGGGAAACCAAAAUUAGAUGAGUUAGUUCAAAAUAUAACCACAAGGACGAAUAUUGGGUAGUCUGUACAAUGUAGGCCGGUCAUUUGACAUAUAGGGAAAGAAAUUUGAAAAGUCUUAGGUGAGCUAAGACUUAAAUCAACUUCAUAAGGUAAUGAGAGGAAAAAGAGCUAGUAUGGGAAGUAAGCAAGAGUGGAUUUAAGGUAAUACUGCAUAAAAUAUCUAGUGAUCUGAAUUGCGUAUCAGAUCAGAAUCAGCAUUAAAUACGAUGGCGAUCGUUGGAGUCGCUCAUUUGUCACGUCAAUAUCGGUUUACUGUAAACAAUGUAGCUAUUGAAGUUGUAUAUAAACAGACAAAGAUGGCAGGGGAAAACUUAUGAUGUCAAAUAUCGAAAUCGUUCAACGAGUAUAGUAUACCCUAUAAUAUAAAGUUUUGGAUCGCCAGAGACUGUAUGAGUUAUCAAAUUUCAAAAGGUAAACUCCUUGACCAGGAUAUGUGUGGCUGCCAGCGUACACUUCUUCUUGACAAUCACGCCGAUAAACAGGAAUGACGAUUGAGAUCGGAGGCCUAUUGGAUUCAAUAAGAGCUGAAUGGCUUGAGUUAUUUCCUCCUUGCUCGACAUCGUCUUCUAACACUACAAAAUUUAAAAUGAAUAAAUAAGACGGGCCGUGUCCUCAAAUAAAUAUUGUACCAUUUU